UCGUUCUCUUUCAAUUCCAAGUUACAAGAGGAAUUGAGAAAUAGAAGGGCAAGUGAAUGGUCAUUUAACUUGUAUUCUUCCAUAACAUGUAGAGGCCUUUUAUGCCCACUCCAUUCAAGAAUUGAGCCUCACCAUCACUAGCCAGUAGUUUUUGUUCGCAUUCUAUUCUUCUCACAAUCACCAGCCAGUAUUGAAAGAGACAUAGAUCUCGCCUCUCUGGAAGACAAAAAGAAAGUCUGGUUCUCUUUAUGCCUACGCGAUCCCUUCAACCGCUUGCAAUCCACUGUAUCUUAUGUACACUUCAGAUCAUCCACUGACAAGAGAAAAUAAUUUUUUCCCACCUUAAUUUCCCUAAGCUUCAUGAUCAACUUAAAUCAUCGUGGCAAGAGAAGCACUCGGAAGAGUCCAAGACUCUCAUAAUACGUCACAGGCCCUAAAUAGUUGGUUACUUAUGACUUCCCUAAAACGUGUAUAUGUCGUAAACAUAAUGCCCGGUGGAGCAGAUAAAGGGGGCAGAGUUAAAUCUCUGCGACACUUUGGAUAGGGCCCGUUCCCUUUUUAAUAAUAGGAACAGAAGAAAUCAAAGUAACAAUGAGUCUAAACUACUUCUCUGCAAUAUCUUUGUGUAGCAAAGGUAACUUCACCAAGGACGUAUUGCUAGCUGCUGCUUCCCACAUGGUGAUGUUAGUGAUGAUUAUGAUGAUGCAGCUUCUAUUAUCAUGUCCUAAAUAUUAUUAAUCAUAUCAUAACCAUCAUCACUAUCAUUAGGAAGACCGAAUCAUCUUCAUAUAUGCGUAGCAUUAUUGCAGAACUAACGGAAUAAGACGAGAUCAUAUGGAGAGGGAGCCACUCAUUGUCCAAGAAUAGUGUCCUCUUUCUUUGACUCUACUCGCAUGUUUGUAUGUUGCCCAUUUCUUAGCCAGAUGGAGCGCCAGAAUGUGGGAAUUCUCUGUUGGUUUGUACAUGAUCGGCAUUUGACCAGACUCUUUGUUUUUGCUGCCAUUUAUGGUGCUGUUGAAUGUGUCUCCACUGCAUUGUUUAGUCCCAUCUUGAUGGUUCUCAGAAUUUGGUUGGUGUCUCCAGUCCCAGAAUCUCUCCUUUAUCAUUGCUGGAGUAUCAGUGAUUGCAUUACUGGUUUCCUCAACUUUGAAGUCCAUAAAUUUCACAGCAUUUAUCUUCAGUUAUCAGCUUUGUAUCACUGAAAGCAUCUGCUAUGGCUUUGGCCUUACGGACUGCUAUAACUGUUUGGUUGGAGUAUUGGCUUUUGAUGUCUGUUUGUAAUGGAAUUCCAGCUUUAAGCAAAAGAAGCCGAAGGAAGAUGACUACUAGAAAAUUGUCAAUUGAUCCAGAGGAGUGCACAUCCACAUCUCAGGAAGCAGAGUACCUGCUUUCUCUUAGUGGAAUUAAAGGAGCAAUGGCAGAAAGAAGCUUGAGAAGGAAACCAAUUAAUUGGUGUUUAAAUGCCCCUUUCAUUGGGGCCUAUAGCCCCCUGCCUGCUUCCACAUGCUCUAUAGGUUUGCCUUAGACAUUAAAUUUCUUCAAACUUCUUUGAAAUUUGUCACAAUUUUGCUUUUGCAGCCCAAAAUGCAUGCUCACAUAUUAUUUAA